AUGAAUGGAUUAAUAAACCGAGAAGCAAAAGGCACUCAAAAUGGAAAUAAACAACUGGAAUAUCUUAGUUGGAGAAAAUUGUUUUUGAGCAAAGCAAAAUUGAAAGCUUCGAGUAGAACUUCUGGACUGAUGUCAGGUUUUGCAAUGGUUGCCAUGGUGGAAAUCAAUUUAGAAAAUGACAUUCCAAAUGGAUUGUUGAUAGUAUUUAGUCUCUUAACCACAGUUUUAAUAUCAGUUCAUGUAUUUGCUUUGAUGAUAUCUGUCUGCAUUCUACCAAAUAUUGAAACAGUGGAGCAAAUGCAUACUAGUGUCUAUGCACAACAAGACGUUACAGUGAAGACGCUACCAUCUGACUCCCCGCAUAAGCAAUUACAAAGAUACAUUGAAACUGCUUGGGUCUUUAGCACAGGCUUGGGAACACUAUUGUUUUUAAUGGAAAUCCCGAUGUUGAUGUGGGUAAAAUUUUACAAUCAAAGUAAAGAGGCCGCUUUAGCGUCAACAGGUGUGAUGGUUCCUGUUUGCAUUUUAUUUGUAAUAUUUGCAAUGAGGUUUUAUCGUAAACUUAUUGCUCACAAGUAUGAUAAAAAUUCAAAAGAAAUCGAAGAACUUCAGAUGAUUGUGACACAUCUUAAUGAGGAAGAUCAGAAUCCUUUGAAUAAUGACAGCCCACAUAUCAAAUAAGGGAAGACAUUCUAGAUAACUCCAUAAAUAUUAACAACAUAUUUUUUUAUUGUUUGCUAUGGAAGUUUUAGCUCAGGUUUUUUCAAUAAGGUUAAGAUAUUUUGAGUAUAUAUCUGAGGCUAAGAAUGUGACAAUUUAUAACAGUAUUUUCUGUGUUUUCCUUGAGCUUUGUUUUACAGUCACAAUAAAAAACUACAUAUAUAAAAAAAGAAAAUAGUUAUCUAUUUCUAUUGAAAUAACGAAAAAAUUGGGACCAGCAUUCGCCAUAUAGAAAGAAGAUUUGUUAUAUAUAAAUAGUAUUUUGAAUUUUUAAAUUUUAUUUUAUUAGCUUACACUAUAUUUUUUAAAAAAGCUCAUUGAAGUUUCCAUUUUGUAACUGUAAAUAAGAUUAUAUAUCAGAUGAUAUUUUUGUUGCUCUGUUGCCGAAAAAAACAAACUAAAAAUGACUGUUCCAAUUAAACCUACUUUUUCUCUUAUUUUUCGAAUUUAUUUAAAUUUAUUUAAAAACUUGCUGACGAAGCUAAACCAUGUUUUAAGAAGAAAUUUGAAAGGAUUUUUUUUAAACCCCUUAAAGCAAGAAUAUCAUUGAAAGUAAAUGUUAAUAGUGUAAUACGUAGACUUGCUUUGGUAUAUGUAAACGCUUAGUCACUUGAUAGUCGCAAAAUUUAUUCGCUCUUUUUUUGCAAAAAUUAAUUUAAAAUAUUUUUUUUUAAAAUGAGAAAUGGAUAAUAAAAAGUCGGACACCAAAGGGAUCUAAAUAUAAACCUUAGUCCUCUUACUUCUCAGAUAUUUUAUGCACAAAAAAAAACAAACUUGUUUUGAUUGGUGAAAAGCUUGUUAAAAUAUUUUAGUCACUGAACCAAAAUUUGGUCACUUUUUACCGACCUUUUUACCAAUAAGGUAAAAAUAUAUAUAUAAAGACAUAUAUUUUUAUGUUUAAGAUGAAAAACAAUAUCAACAUGUCUGUUCAGUUCUGAUAAUAUUGUUGCAUGUUUAUCAUUUCUUGGAAAUUAUUUUUAUUUUUUUAAAAAAACUCGUACAUAUGUUGUUAUAAACGAUACGAGACGUAAAAAAUGAGACAAUCACUUUCUUUGAAUAACUGCACUGUGAAAAAAAAUAUUUUUCCCCA